AUGGAGCUUCAAGAGGUGCUGCUGCACGACGGCGUCGCUGCCCUGCUGCAGGAGCACGCACAGGAGUUUGCUGCUGACUGCAGCAGCAGCAGCAGCAGCAGCAGCAGCAGCAGCAGCGGGGAGGGCUGCAACUGUUCACACUGCAAGGCCGCAGCAGCAGCAACAGCAAAAAUACGGGGGCAGUUCGGCAAGUGCCACGUGGCGGUCCUUGCGGGCGUCAUUGAGGAUGCAGCAGCAGCAGAUGCAGCAGCAGCAAAGCAAAAGCCGCAGCAGCAGAAGCAGCAGCAGCAGAAGCAGCAGCAGCGGGGCAAAAGGGCCACAAUAGUAGCGUGCUUCAAGCUUCGGGAGUUCUCUGAAGCAGUUGAGGCGGAGCUUCAGCAGCUGCAGCAGCAGCAGCAGCAAAAUAAAAAGCAGCAGCAGCAACCGUUGCUGCAGCGUCUUGCUGCUGCAGCAGCAACUCACCGCGAACUGCUGCUCCGCGAUUUGCGCAGCGUGAGGGCAGCGCUGCCCCUUGGCGCAGACAUUUUGGGUGUAUGGUCACCUCUGCUGCAGCAGCAGCAGCAGCAGCAAGGGGAGAAGCAGCAGCAGCAGCAGCAGAAGCAGCAGCCGGAGGAGAAGGAAAAGCAGCAGCAGCAGCAACAGCCGCAGGAGGAAAAGAAGCAGCAGCAGCAGCAGCAGCAGGAGAAGGAGAAGCAGCAGCAGCAGCAGCCUCAGAAGGAAGGGGAACAGCAGCAGCAGCAGCAGCAGCCGCAGGAAGGGAAGGAGCAGCAGCAGCAGCAAGCGAAUGAAGAGCAGAAACAGGAGAAUGGGCAGAGUGCUGAGCAACAGCAGCAGCAGCAGCAGCAGCAGCAGCUGCUCGCGCUGCUGCAGCAAUUUGCUGCUGCGCUGAACAAAGCUUUUGUAGACGACGCAGAUGGGGAACCAGACUGCGAUAUCCCGGACUUCAGCAGCAGCAGCAGCAGCAGCAGCAGCAGCAGCAGCUUGCGGAAUGACCGAAUCGCCCUGGCACUUCUUCCUUCCGACCAGCAGCAGCAGCAGCAGCAGCAGCAGCAGCAGCAGAAGCAGACGGAGGAGGAGAAGCUGGCUGAGUCGUUCAAGGCGUUUGUCGUCUCAAGCCAAGAGACAGCAGCAGCAGCAGCAGCAGCAACAGCAGCAGCAGCAGCAGCAGCAGAUGCGGCGCUGAGAGUUGCAGUCAAAGACGUGCGGCUGCUGUGGCAGCAAAGCAAAGAGUGGCUGCUGCUGCAGUCGCGGCUGCCUCUCGAGCUGCUGCUGUCUUCAGCAGCAGUAGGCGAGCUGCUGCAGCAGCAGCACGCUGCAGCCUGCUGCUGCAGCAGGGGCCUGCUGCUGCCGCUGCUCACUCCGCCAGCUGCUGAAGAGCUGCUGCAGCAGCUGCAGCUGCAGACGCAGCUGCUGCUGCAGCAGCAAGGCCUCUUCUUCUGCCUUCCAGACGGAUCCUGGGUGUCACCCACUGCAGCAAACAGCAGCAGCAGCAGCAGCAGCAGCAGCACGCUGGCUGCGGCGCUUUCUGCUGCGAAGAAAGCUGGAAGGCAGCAGCAGCGGCAAGUCAGCAGCAGCAGCAUCAGCAGCAGCGCCGAAGCAAUGACUGGGUGUCUCGAAUUUGCUGCGCAAAGCGCGCUGCAGUACCCCCAGCAGCAGCAGCAGCAGCAGCAGCAGCAGCAGCAGCAGCAGCAGAUGGAGGGGCUGCUGCUGCAGGUGCCUGUGUGUCGCCGCCUCGGCAGCGGCGCUGCAGCAGCUGUGGGGUCCCACAUUUUAUGUGCUGCUGCUGCUGCUGGGGUUCCUGCUGCAGCAGCAGAGAGUGAAGGCAGCCUUUUGGGUCCUGCUGCUGCAGCGCUGUUUCCUGCAGCAGCAGCUCGCAAGGUGCUGCAGGCGGAGAAGCAGCAGCAGCAGCAAGACGUGCUGCAGCAGACACUUGCUGCGCAGCGCGCAGCAGCAGCAGCAACUGCAGGGAAGACCAGAAGCUGCUGCCUGCUGCAGUGCGAUGUGCUGGUGCUGCUGCGGAGAGACACGCAGCAGCUAGCAGCAGCAGAGUUGCUGCUUGCUGCGCUGCUGCAGCAGCUGCGCUUCCUGGGCGCGUCUUUCUCGCAGAUGGCAGCAGCAGCAGCAACAGCAGCAGCAGCACCUGCUGCUGAUGCUGCGCAGCCAAAGCUGCGGAAAGGGCCCUAUGGAGCUCAGCCUUUGCUGCUGCACUCUUUGCUGCUGCCAGAUAAUUUGUCGCUGCAGUUCUCCGUCUCUUUUGCUGCCUUCUUGCUGCAGCAGUUUGCUGUGCCUGUUGCUGUCUGCAGCACAGAGCAGCCUAGUAAGCAGCAGCAGCAGCAGCAGCAGCAGCAGCAGCAGCAGCAGCAGCAGCAGCGGCAGCAGCAGCACGGGCAAGAAAACAAGCGAACAAGCUGCACGAACCCAGAAAUAGCAGCAAACAGACGCAGCAGCAGCAGCAGCAACAACAGUAGCAGCAGUAGCAGUAAUAGCAGCAGCAACAGCAGCGGCAGCAGCUGCAGCGGCGGCAGCAGCAAUAGCAGCAGCAACAGCAGCAGCAGCAGCAACAGCAACAGCAGCAGCAGCAGCAGCAGUAGCAGCAGCAGCAGCAGCAGCAGCAGCAGCAAACUUAUUUCGCCCCACCUGGGCUUGUGCACGGGCCCCAAGGGCUUCCGCCGCUGCCGUGCUGCUGCUGUGAGGGGCUUUUUAGAAUACUUUCAUUAUCUGCAGGAAGUGCCGACCCACUGGGACAUUCAGACGCUCCUAAAGAGAGCCGAUGAGGCCUUUAAAGACCACCAGGAAGUGCCGACCCACUGGGACAUUCAGACGCUCCUAAAGAGAGCCGAUGAGGCCUUUAAAGACCACCAGGUGGGCACUCCGCGGUGGAUCGGCACUGUGGAGGCGCACUUCGUGGUGGGUCUUCUCUUUGGCUGCGGCAGCCGCAUUUUGCAUUUGCAGCAAAUGGAAGACUUGGAAGACCAUUUCCAACUUUUGCUGCAGCACUUCCAGCAGCAGCAAACCCCAGUGCUCAUCGGCGCUGGCCAGUUCGCCUUUUUGCUGCUCGGAGUAGCCCAGGACCUCGACACCGGAGGUGCUGCUGCUGCUGCUGCUGCGGAGGAGGAGGAGGAGGUUGCUGCUGCUGCUGCUGCGGAGGAGGUUGCUGCUGCUGCGGAGGAGGAGGAGGUUGCUGCUGCUGCGGAGGAGGUUGCUACUGCUGCUGCGGGGGUUGCUGCUGUUGCUGCUGCUGCUGCUGCUGCUGAGGUCGCUGCUGCUGCUGUCGCAAUAGGUUUCCUUACAAGAGCAGCAGAAGGAUCUUUCGUCAAUUUGCUGCUGCCCCACACCGUCACGGAAGAAGGCCAGCUCAUCUUCUGA